AUGCAGAUGUUUGGCUUUCACAAGCCUAAAAUGUACAGGAGUUUGGACGGCUGCUGCAUCUGCCGUGCUAAAUCGUCGAGCUCUCGUUUCACAGACAGCAAGCGGUAUGAGAAAGACUUCAGGAGCUGUUUCGGAUUGAGUGAAACACGAUCUGGAGAAAUCUGUAAUGCCUGCGUGCUUCUUGUGAAACGAUGGAAAAAGCUCCCAGUGGGAACCAAGAAAAACUGGAAUCAUGUUGUUGAUGCCAGAGGAGGUCCCAGCUUAAAGUUAACUUCCAGGCCCAAGAAAAUAAAGUCCAUCGCCAAGAAAGCACGGCCAGGCCAGAUCAACAGGCUUCAGAAAGAGCUGAAAAGACACAACUCAGACGCCCACAGCACCACCUCCAGUGCCUCCCCAGCUCAGUCUCCCAGCUACAGCAACCUGUCAGAUGAGGGGUCCGACACAGAGCUCAGCCCAGGAUCCAGCCGCUCCCCUGUUUUCUCUUUUCUGGACCUAACAUACUGGAAAAGGCAAAAGGUGUGCUGUGGAAUAAUCUACAAGGGGCGUUUUGGGGAGGUGCUCAUCGACCCCCAUCUGUUCAAACCGUGCUGCCGCAACAAACAGCAACAGGAGCAGCAGCAGCAGCAGCAACAACAGCAAGAGGAGGAGGAAGAGGACGAGGACGAGGAGGAUGAGGAAGAAGAGGUGGAGGCAGAGGAGGGUCGGGUGGGUGUGGCGAAAUCCCAGACGGGAGAGGAAGUGAAGGAGAUGGCAACUUGUGAAGAAAGUGCAGAGCCUGCUCAGCUAUGUGUUGCAUCACCACCAGUCAGGAGUGAGGUGGUGAUGGAGGAAGGGUGGUAAAGUCACACCACCACCCCCUCCAACAUACACACAUGCACGCAUGCGCACACACACACACACACACACACACACACACACACACACACACACACACACACACACACUCACACAUCUCUGAAGAAAUCUUGGGGUGCU